GCUGCUGACCCAGGGCGGGGAGCUUUGAACUGCUGGUUAGGUUUUCUCUCUUUGGUCUUUGCGGUACUUGAUGCUGUUCUUCCGCUGUCCAGACUCGGCCGUCAUCUCAGUCAAAACAUUUUUCCUGUGGCCCUAUUUCUCUACAGUUGCGAUUAUUUUCCGUCAUCAGGAAACAUCACUCGUUGGUAAUUUGUGAAAUUCGGAAAAUAUCCCUGGAGACGCUGUCUUGGGAAGGCGCAGGCGCUGCAGUUUCCAGCAGUUUGGCAAAGUAAAACUCAGAGGCCUCCUAACCACAGCUUCGUAGCUCAGAACUGUUGUGUGAGUGCAAGACCUUUAGUUGUUUGGACGAGACUUUUCUGUAACCAGAUACCGUAUUUUGAAAAUCUUUACCUUGGGAGGACAUAGUCAUACCCUGUCAGCAAUGGCAGCGGAAGUGCAAAUGGUACUCUAUGAAGAUGAUUCAGUGCAAGUACAGUAUGUUGAUGGUUCCAAAUUGCAACUUUCUCCCUGUGGCUCUGAAUUUUUAUUUGAAAAGUCACCUCCUAUUUCAGCACAUCCUUUAGAACAACCAGAAAGAAUUCGUCAAAGGACACACUUUGUUAUCAGCACUUACCAAAAGCAACUUCAGCGUGCCCUAGAUUUUCGAAACUCUUCAGCUGCUUGCCCUUUUUUAUCUGAAAGCAUCAUACCUUCUGAAAGAAAAAAGCAUAUCUUCACUGAUACCUCAGAAGUGAGAUGGCCCAAUCUUGAAGCAGAUGAUAGCAUGAUAAGUAUGGAGAGCGACACCGUGAAGAUAGCAUCUUUAGAUGGUCAUGCAUACCUUUGCCUGCCCAAGACUCAGCAUGAAUUUACAGUACAUUUUUUGUGUAAAAUUAGCCAGAAGCCAAGAGUGUUGUCAGAAAUAAAUAAAAAAGCUCCAGAAGAUAAACUGGUUGAAAGAGUCAACAAGAUCUCUGGAAGUUUAUUAGGACAAAGAAUAAAGAGUAAAGAAAAUGAACUUUUUUGCCAGAUCUUGAAAUCCAAAGAACCUUUAGAGAAGACGAGUUGUGCAAAUGAAAUUGAAAGGAGGGUGGAGCCGCCUUCAUCUGGUGCAGAUCACACAUGUGUAUACACAUGGGUAAAGCAGCGCUGGUCUGUGGCCUCCUGUCCAGAAGAAUGGAAAUACCCUUUGUCUUUAGCACUUCGUUUUCAUAAUAAAAUUAAUGAUAUGCCUAAAAUUGAUCCAGAUAUCACCACAAGUAGAAUUUUAACUUCUCGUGUUUCAGAGGAAAGAAGAAAAGAGGUUUCCAUUCUUCCCAAGGCCCUGUUACUCAGUUGUCCUUUCCCACACUUGCACAGGUGGAAGUUUUGUGAUACACUUUUACAGACACAGUCUGAUGAAGAAGAAUAUUCUUAUCCUGAACUAGUGAAAGUGGUUUGGUAUAAGGGUAUUACAUACAGGCUUACUCAUAAAAAUGUGAACUCAAUAGAGAUUUAUCCUGGAGAUGGAUCUGUUUUAAAAUCAGAAGGAGCUUAUUUUGGGAACUAUUUUACCUAUUAUUCCUGUCGAGAAGGAUCAGAAGAGAGAGAAGAGAAAACUUACUCAGUGAACAACCUUCCUCCAGAUAGACCAGGAAGUCUAUUCUCUGUAUGUUCUCUGAUUAAGCAGGCAACCAGAAUUCUUCAACAUUGUGCCAAGAUGAGGCUUUCUCUAAGCCAUAACUAUCGUAUAUGCUGCUGGAAAAUGGUACCUGGGAUAAAUGAUAGCAAUAUACUGCCUUUACUUUUGAAAGAGUCUCUCAUAUCCAACGUGGGAAGAUUUCUUGCCUACUCUGAUGACAAAGUACAUGCUAUCUUUUUAGAUGGUAUCACUUUAACCUUGAAUUGGAAUUUCACCUCUUCUGUUGAAAAAGGACAGGUAAAUCAAGGUCUCAACUUAGGUUGGUGUAGGUUAACUUUUCCUGAUGGACAAGAUCAGUUAAUUCAAAUUGAACACCCUGGACCAUAUGAAAGAUAUGUGACAACAGUAACAUCAUGGUGCAGAGGACUCACCCAGAUGAGUCCAAGAGAGAUGCUCACAUGUCCUUCAUCUUCUGUUCUUGAAGAAAAUUGGUCUGUUGCUUCUGAACUUGAAAAGAUACAGAAGUUUAACUUGCUACUGGAGAAUAGUGGUGUCUUAAACUGUACCUCAAGCAAGAAAAAUGAACAGUCUUCUGACUCUUCAGAAACCCUAUUAGAAGUGAAUGAAAAGAGAGUAUCAGUGGCAUUGAAAAAAACUUCUGAAAUCCUUCAGGAUAUUGACUAUCUUCUAUCAAACUCCAAAAAGUGAAAAAUGGAAUAAUUACAUUAUUAAAUUUAGGAGGGGUGCUUCAAGUUACUGGUAUAAAAUUACUAGUAAGUGCAGAAAUUGCAUAUAUUCUAUACAGUGGUUGAGAAUUGACAUUUAAUCUUGAUUGUAUUUUACCUAAUUUAUAAAUUCUUAAAAUAUAUAGUACAUUUUAAUAAAGAACUCUUAUGAAAUUGUAA